ACUCUUUCUUUCUUUGUCUGUGUGUCCCAGGUGGCAAAGCUGGCAGCUGUUUCUUCUGCCCUGCCCUUUGCUUGUGUCACUGUGUAUGCAGCGACAGAAAAGGAACCCAGAGGUCAGCUGGUGAAUCCAAAUCAGCUUCCAAUUUACUGUCCUCCACCUCUGAAAUCAAAAUACAUUGAAGAGCAGCCGGGUCACUUGCAGAAGCAAUUUUCUUCAGUAAGACAGAAAACCGGCCGCUACGUCGGGUGGUGCAAGGAUGCUUUUGUCUUUGCUAAAAAUGGAGUAAUGGAUGCAAUUCAAUUUGGAAAAGAUGCUUAUGUUUACCUGAAGAAUCCACCACCCGAGUUUAUUCCAAAAGUUGGUGUCAUUACAAUAUCGGGCUUGGCUGGCGUUAUGCUGGCACGCAAAGAUUCUAGGUUUAAGAAAAUUGUUUAUCCGUUGGGACUUACUACUUUAGGAAUUUCUGUUUGUUACCCGGCUCAGUCGGUCGUGGUUGCUAAGGUAACAGGGAAAAGGUUACUUUCGGCGAGCCAUCAGGCAUACGAAGCCGUGCGAUCGCUGUGGGCGGAAAAGGAAGAUGUCGCCGAGCUGCAGCAGGAGUCAAAAUCAGUUACGCAAGAAGAUAAGAAAAAGAAAGAAAUUCCUGGUAAAAAGCCUGAGCCUGCUGUUGAGUCAAGAUCGUUUAACAGAACAGAGUCUUCUCCAGGAGAGUCUCGGAGUAACAAAGAUCCGGUGCCUUCACCAGGAACAGUGAAGACACCCAAAUUUAAGCCCGAUCCAAAACUUAUGGACCACGGUCAGUCAAGCCCAGAAGAUGUGGAUCUGUACAGUACUAGAAGCUAA